CACAUUUUUUUCAUUUGAAUAAUUGCGUAAAACGAAUAUUGAUUUAAUUUUCUCACUCUGAGGAGAGAGAAAAUGGACGCGGCCAACACUCCAAUUCCGCCGGCGAUGGCUGAAAUCUCCGAAGCUCCUUCAACUUCCGCCGCCGAAAUCCAGAAGGCGGAAGCGGAAUUCGACUCGGAAACAAUGCGCAAAACCAAACCUGGAUUGAAGCGCUUCGCUCUAACUCUCACUGUUCUCCUCUCUUUCCUCUCAGGUCUUCCAUUUUUGUGGAAAUCCGUAGAAAUUUACAGAUCACCGUUGCCGUUCCGGGAAAUAGAUGAUUUAUCGGCUGCGGUUGAGUUGAAUCCUCUGCAGUUCCCUUGCAGAUUUGAAGUGGUUUUUGUUGAUUUCGGCAGAACUUCAUCAACUGCUAAUGAAUUGUCGGUUUCGAUCGAAUCUCAUAUGCGAAAGCUUGCCGAAAAGGAUUCUCCAUCUUGCGGUGCUUGUAAUUACAAUUCCACUGUUUCCGUAGCCCUAGAAUCCGCUUCUGAUUGUUUUCGUACCGACGGUGAUUUUAAUUGGAAGUGUGGAGCUCUGAAUGGGCUGAUGAACAAGUACGAGGCUUCGAGGGAAGAUGGUGGUGAGUUAUUUGAUGACUAUUUGAAGUCAUUGUUGAAUGAUAAUGGUAGCUCUAGUAACGGUGGAAAGGUUUAUACGGUGAUUGUGGUAAGGAGGGAGGAAGAGAAGCAUGUGAGUGCUGUUGUCGGGAAGUAUCGGCAUGCGUGGAUUAUAGGUAAUAUUUCAAAGGAGGAGGCGGUGAAGAAGGUAGCUGAGGUUUUCGUGAAUACGUUUGUGAACGGUGGAAAAGAAGAAGGGUCGAUUGGUGGGGAGUUUAUGCCAGUCGGAUCAGAUGGGAGGAUUGUUCUUUCGUUCAAUUUACUGAAUGCUAAUCCAAACGAUUGGACUUAUGACUGGGAAUUCCAAGAGAUAGAUGAUAACAUCUUGAGCCCAAUAGUUGAGGCUCUGAAACCUCUAGCGGAUAUUAGAGUGGAGAGUCAGGUUUUAUACCACACCCCAAAGUCUUCAUUUUCCUAUUGGGAUGACAAGCUGGAGAGCUAUAUUUACACUACGAAAGAUCUUCCUUUCUUUGUUAACUCAAAUGAGUGGCAUCUGGAUACAUCAGUUGCAGCUGGAGGGCGUUCAAAGAUCCUCCAUUUUGUGGUAUAUGUUCCAUCUGCGGAAGAGUGUCCACUUCUAUUGCAGCUCCCAAAUGGAGAAAUUUCGAAGACAAAUGGUUUUAUAUCUCCAAUGUGGGGAAGUGUUGCAGUCUGGAACCCUUCAGCUUGUUUCAAAGAUUUAAAAAUGGAUACUCGUGCUAGACAUAAGAUUCCUCGCGAGGACUUGACGAAAACUUUUGAGAUCUUCAUAGGGCAGUUGCGGCAACUCUUUGGCCUGAAUUCAAAAAACCACUUUGCUGAUGCAUCAGGAACUUUACGACUACUGACUAGUGAAAGAGGCUUCUCAGAAUGGGAACUGGAUUUCUUGUCACGACAACACACCUGUUUUAAUCUUCUCCAGUGUACGACAACUCUUGGAUCGCUUUCCCGACUGGUCCAAUCACUUCCAAGAAUGAUUAUUAAGGAUGAAAUAGGAAAACAAGUGAAGUAUUCUCUCGAAGCCGCAAAAUUAGCUGUAAGCAAUGUGUCUUACGGGAUGUAUGAUGCUUCUGCGGUGUUCUCGAGACAUGCUAGGUCCUUUGCGGAGGAUGCGUUUUAUCACCCAUCCAUGAUGUCUGUUAGCUACUACUCGUUUGAGCACUGCUUUGCUGUAUAUUCGCCCUUCUUUUUGCCUGUUUCACUGCACGUAGUUUUGGCUGCCGUCAGAGAAUGGAAAAGGUACAAGCUGGAAAGCAGAAAAUACAAUACAUGGAAAGCUAAAAAGAUGUAAUACUCAACCCGUACCGCGGUUGCAAAACAAACUUCACACAGAAAACAGUCAACUAUUACAUGCAAUGUUCGAACCAGCAUAGGGCCAAUAGUAUAGUUCGUAGCCCCCUAUGCCACUUCUCGAAAUCCGAAUGUUUUUUUUUUUAAAUAGAGAUCUUAGUGUAUAUUUGAUUUGAUUUGAUUUGAAUCUAACAGAAACAGCAGGUCAAUGCCGAAUUUUAGGCUUUUGUUGCCUUGUGGAGACUUGAAUGUUAUGUUAAAAUUAUAAACCAGUUACAUAUCUCAUGAUUCAGUAAAUGAUUUUGUUG